GUCUCCAAACACUCCAAUUUUGUACUUGAGUUUUAAUAAGAUAGAUAGAUGGAUAAUUAUGAUACAAUAGUAACAAAAAUAGGCGAGGAUAGUUAAUAAAAAUCAUUUAAGCCUAAUUUGAUAGGCAAACAGUUUUUUUUCCGGUGAAAGGAUUAGUUCCUUAGGAAUAGGUAUGUGGAAUAUUUGUUUUAAAUGUAAUUGGAAUUUUGGAUUAAAUCGACACAUUUCCAAUUUUUAUAGUAUAUAGAAAAAAAGAAUAUUCCAUGAAUUAGGCAAGUGCAGAUUUUUUUUUUUUAAGAUUGAUAUCGUAUUAGUUAAUGUGAUUGCUUAAAUAUAGGAGUUGCUAUUGAAUAUCAUUGAUUUUAGUAUUAUUCUUGCAUUAACGUUAUAUAUAUACCGGAAAUAUUUUAAAGCUUAGGAUACAUGCAUUGCGAUUAUUCUCGGUUUCGUUUGGUAGUAUUUUAUAGAAUACUGAGAUCAAAUUCCAUCACAGAAACAAACUUUAGACAUAAACUUUUACAAUUGAUUGAUUUAUUGGUGGUUAUUUAAACAGUAUUUAGAUGAAUCACAUUACUAACAUGAAAAUCCUUAGAAUCAAAGUAAUCAUACAUUGCACUAUCGUUUAAAAAUGUGGAUAAUAUUAUGCUUAUUUAUUUUGGUUGACAGGUUGGUUAUAUGUUAUAAUUAAAGAUUUAAUAAAAGUUAUAGGUCCAACUUAAACAAAGAUCAAGUUUGGUAAAAAGAGGUUUAAUUUUAUUAAGGUAAACGAAUUUGGAUAAAUUAGGAAAGUAGUUAAAUGUCAAAAAGGGUCAGUGGCAUUAUCUUGUAAUUAUUGAGGAAAACUCAGGGUUAAGUACUAUUUGUACUCCUGUUUUAAUAGUUUAGAUAGGUUGGGUUGAAAGUUGUAAAACUCAAAACCCUAAUUUCUACUAAAAGAGAGAGAGAGCCCCUCCCAUCGAGCCGUUUUCAUCUUCCUUAGGAGACACAAAACUUUUAUUCUUCCCCUUGGGAUCGAAACAACAAUGAUGACAUUCUAUCUUCCGGCAGAUUUAGAAGAAGAAAUACUAUCUAGGGUUCCGACCACAUCUCUGAUGCGAUGGAGAUCUAUUUGCAGACGAUGGAACACUUUAUUCUUCGAAGACCAAAGAUUCUCCGAGAAGCACUUUCGUAACGCUCCAAAGCAGCCUCUCGUUCUCAUGUUGACAGAACAUAGGCUUUUUUUUGCGAGCGUAGAUCUGAAGUUUGUUCCUCCUUCAAUAGAAUUUAGCGAUGCACUUAGCCUAAGAGAUUAUACUGUUUCAGAAGAUACCCAUAUACACUCAGUUUCUCACUGCGAUGGUUUGUUGCUAUGCACCACCUUGGACGAUGAACUCGUGGUUUGGAAUCCUUGUUCAGGGCAAACAAGGUGGAUCAACGACACCGAUGGUAGCAUGUUUUUCCCUGGCGACUCUAGGUUUACGUUAGGAUACGGAAACAUUAACCAAUCUUGCCGCAGCUACAAAAUUUUGAUGUUUUACCAUAUAAAUUACGACUACGAUCACGUCCAAGAUGAAGUAUUUGAAAUCUAUGAUUUAAACUCUAAUUCGUGGAGAGUUCUUGAUGCUCGUAUUAAUGCUUGUAACUGCAUCAGCAAAGAGUCUCAUGGUGUGACUUUGAAAGGAAAUGCUUACUGGAUUUCUUCUGAUGGCGAAGAGGAGGGCGACUUACUCAGUUUUGAUUUUACGAGAGAGAGAUUUAGACGUAUUCGUUUUCCUCUCACAUUUAGGCGUUGUCGUUAUCGGGCUCUGUCAGUUGUUAGAGAAGAACUCUCAGUGUUACGUUGGAUUGAUUCAAAUAUGGAGAUGUGGGUGACCAAUAACAUGGAUAUUACUUGUGAAUCAGAUUUGUCAUGGACCAAAUCCUUUGCAAUGGACUUUGUAUUAAAUAUUUAUACGAGUGUUUUAAUCGACGAAGAUAAGAAAGUGGCCUUGUGUGAUUCACCUCAUGAGCAAGUUGCAUUCACUAUUGGAGAGGAAGAUGAAUAUUACUCAGAGAUCCCUUUUGAAAGAGCGCGUUCUAGACAUGAACAUAUUUUCAACUAUGUUCCAAGUCUGGUUCAGUUCCCCCAGCAAAGUAUUGAGUCAGAUGAUUUUGGCAAAUUUCAUCGUGGAAUAGGGUUGGGUCAUAGAAGACGACUUAGUAAUGGAACGUGGGAUAAUGACAACAUGUAUUUACCAGAGAUUUACGAUGGCAUGAUGUCCGAAGAAGAUGACGAAUGGGACUGGCUGGAGAUAGAGUGCACUGAUUUUAGCAAUAGCCGAGGUCGUGGAAGCCGAGGUCGUCGGUGGAGGAAGACGAGAUAUGUUACCUUGUAACGCAAGGUUCAUCGGUAAUAUUACCAUUGCGGAUAGCAAGUAUGCCAAUGAAGAUGGGUUUGAAUCAGAAGGCAUUCCACUUUUAGACGCCAAGAAUCGCUCAUGUUAUCAUAAAAGCGUUAUUGCUUUGUUUUCUGGUCUACUACAAGCCAGAGAGCAUCAACCUAUUUUUCCCUUAUCUUGAUCUACAUGGACCUUGGUUCAUAUGUCUUAUCCAAUACUGAUGGUUCAAGAAGAUCGAGGAAAGUUAGAAGGAGGACGAUUGGAUCUUCUUUCUUCUUCUCAGUAAAUAUUCUGUGAAUUCAAUCAAAGCAUCUGGCAUUAGCACACACCCACUCAUAAGCCCUUUUGUGACCUUUUAAGAUCUUUUUGUUAUAAAACAGAGAUGGGUUUUGCGUAAAACCGAAGGUUUACAAUUCAAUAUUUGAAUCUUUGACUUUUUUAUUUAGUUCUUCUAUUUUCUCCAUUGGUUGGUUUUAACUAUUUGAAAAAAGAAUUUGAAAGUUAGAAACACACAUGGUUAGUCAAUUGGUUUGAAGAAAUAGUAUACUGAUGAGGUGGAGUUAUAACAUUGAUGGUCACAUUAUAGAGACAACGUUUUAUGUUCAUCUUUCCACAAUCAAUCACUCCGCUGGUAGAUGAGAUGUUAACUUGAAACUGCGCUAUGUCCCUCU